AAGCGGCCAGUGUGGCUCAGGCCGUUUUGCCCCACGCCGUUCUGGGUCCAGGUCGACUAGAGCCAACCAGGCCGCGCCAGCCGAGGCCCGGCGCCGAUCCGCCCCCACGAGCACCCUCCACAGCCUGGCGUCGCGCAGGAGGGAGGGGGGGCGCGCAGCAGCUUCCUCGAUCCAAGACGCGUGCCAGGAUGAUCGCCGCGAGCGCGGCUGCCUUCCGCCGCCUCGCCUCCGCGGCGCCGGCCUGCCGCGCCUCCGUGUCCUCCCCGGGCGGCGCGCAGCCGGCCGUGGCUCGCUUCGUGACGGCCGGGUGCGGCCCCGAGGCGUACGACAGCAUGCCCGCGUGGUUCAAGAGGCACGGCGACGAGCCCACCUGGUGCCUGGGGCUGGCGCACGCCGAGUCUCCCGCGAGCGGCGCUCGACGGAGGAGCAAGCGCACCCCGAGCCCCCUGCCCCAGUAACAGUCCUCGGCGUUUGCUGGAUGGGCAGCCCCGGGUUCGGUUCCGCCCUGCGGGCACGCUCACUGAAGGGCGUCGCUUGCCGGGGUGCUGAUCAUAAUCGUGGUUCUCUUGGUCCCCCGCAGGGGGGUGUCGAAGAUAACCAGGCGUCGCGCGUCGCGGCCUGGGCCAGACCAUACGCCCUUCGCCAGUGAGGGCUGCGCGAGGGCGCCCAGGUGACCGCGCCCUACCGCGCCCUUGCGCAGUUGCGCGAGGUCGCGGAGUUGGCUGGCCUUGGUUCUUCUGCCCUCUGGGCGUCGGAGAAAGGUGAAGCGACAUCGCCACCAGCGGGCCCCCUCCAACGAGGAGGUCCACGAACUCUCGCCGAGCCAGAAGCCUGAGCUGUCUCGAGCGGGGAGGUGGGGCUACACCACCAGGAGUCCCCCCCCCUGAUAAGCUCGGGCUGGUGGUGUUGGCAUCGUUUCUCGGUGUUUCUACGAUGAAGAUCAGGCAUGGGCCGCGGGAACCUGGUCCUCGAGGACCUGGACUCCUUCAAGACGUACCUGUCCGCCCUGGACUCGCGGCGGAGCCACGCGGAGGCGGCCUGGCGCGCCCAGGAGGCUGCGGCCGUGGCCCGGGCCCAGGCCGAAUCGGCGCGCCAGGCCGCCGAGGCGGCGGACGCGCGCGCCGCCCAGGCCGUCGCCGACGCGCAGGCCGCGGAGCAGGCGGUGGCCGCGCUGCAGGCUGAGGUGGCGCGCGCCAAGGGCCCCGGCCUGUACAGCAAGUCGAUGGAGGACUCCGCGGCCGCGGCGUGGCGCGGCGCUCCCAGGGAAGCCCAGCCCGUCGUCCAGCACGGGCAGCCCGGGCUGUGAGGCUGGGCGGGUUCGGACCGCACCGUGGCUGAUUUCGGGGCCCGGAACAUGCCUUCUAUAUUAUGUCGUGUUUGUCCAGUACAUCGUGGCAAAUGGCGGCCAAUACACAGUGUAGAUAAUUUCUUUUUCAACACGUGUCGCCCAGAGGACCAGCAGGAAAUUUAUACACUACGUUGUCCUGUGGCGUUUCAGCGUUUUUGCGAUAUCUUAGUGUGUAUUCUUGCGGUUCCCAUAAUUAGAGAACCGAGCUGGCAGCAGUGGCAAGCGCCGGAACUUUUGCCAGCCGUCGGCCUGAUACCCAAGGGGCGGAACCAGAACCAUUGGUCUCAGCCCAUGCUUGGACCACAUUCUGGACAGUGAGGCUCGCUGGCAGCAGUGGCACGCGCCGGAACUUUUUGCCAGCAUUCGGCCAGAUGCCCAAAGGGCUGAAGCCGGAGCAUCAGUCUGAGCACCUUUUUCAACGGCAGCGCCGGUGAUCACAGGCGCGGGGGUCGAGUCUGAGCCCCCAGGAUACAGAC